AUGCCCAACAUUAGUCUGCUAUUGUUGGAGCUGGCACACUCAGGUUGCUACGUCCGCAUUGCAUUUUCCCACUACGUAGUCUUCCUCGCGCCAAACGGAAGGCGGCCGGAGCAUUGCCGUCGCCCCACAGCCAUCGCCGAGCGAGGCCCAAGAUGCGCCUCGACGCAGCAGCGUCUUCAAGUACAUUCGAGUUGUCGCGGUAGCUACCGAAUAUCGGACGCGCGCGCGAGUCGACAGCAAAACAGCUUCCGUCGGGCCACCCCGGAGACCGCAGUGGUCACUCCCUACUCUCUCGACCUCAGUGGAGAGUUUCGGCCUCGGAAGAAGAGCAGGACGUUGCAAAGCGUUGACGAAGAUGCUGAGGGAAUUCCAACGAAACGAGAUGCCUUUGGGUUCCCCAUUCCACUGAUCCCGCGACAGCCAAGUCGUCUCGCGAAAUCUUUCAGUAUGUUCGGGUACUCGCUAGCCCCGCUCUACGACGUCUGGGAGCGAUUGCAAGUGAGCCACUGCGGCCAAUACUCCGUCGAGAGGAUGCUGGCGUUGGACGAAUACUACCAACGAACCUCAUUUCGACGGGUGCUAGCAGUGUGUAUACUGAUGCCACUAAUCCCCCUACUGCUGAUCAUACUCAUGGAGUUGGUGCCUUUGAGGCCGGUCGAAGCUGGAGCGAGUGCGAACUACGUUUUCUGGGGGCGACAUGCGCUGACGCUGUGGCUCACCGCUCUCUGUGUCGAAGGACAGGCCAAAUCGUGGAUUCCUGAGCUCCCGUUGACCACGAACCAAGCUCUAUUGAUCGCAUCAGGAACUGCAGUCACGACCGCGGGGCUCGAGCUGCUCACCGCAGAGUUGUGGGUAUUUCCCGUUCCAUUCCUUGAUGUCCUUGGUUCACCGGUAUUUUGGCUCAGUUGGGCGAUUAUGAGUCGAUUGGUACUGGGACCGGACCCGGUUCUAGGCGUUCAAGACGCGAAUUUUCGUGUAUGGCGGUAUCUUCAGAUCACUGCAGUCCCGAGUUCGCUUUUGGCCAUUUAUCCAGCGUAUCAAAUUAUCUUCGCGGCAGUAAAUCGAUUCGUGGAGAUGCUGAUCGUCUCUCUGUUGCCAGUUAUCAACGUGGUGCUGAAAAACACCUUAGUGGCUUGCGGCUCCCACCUCGAGGACAAUCUCCCGGAGUUGGUCGUCUUCACUGUCGACGGCUUUAGUGCGCUCUACUCAGUCAUUUGCAUGCGGGGGACGAACUCGUUGAAAAUGGUGGUGGCCACGGUGUUUAUUAACGUUCUAGUCAUGGUUUUGUCUCUCCACGGCAUGAAUCGGCGCUCACGAGCUGAAAGGGAAUCGCGUUCCUACCAUCUUAUGCAGGACAAGCACAGAGAACUCCAUCCUUUCUCACGUCGUCUUCAUCCGGUGGCAGUCCCGAGUUACUAA